AUGGGUGUACCGAAAUUUUUUCGAUGGAUAUCAGAAAGAUAUCCAAAUAUUAGCCGAGUGAUUAAUGAUAAUCAGAUACCUGAUUUUGAUAAUUUCUAUUUGGAUAUGAAUGGAAUAAUUCAUGCAUGUUCUCAUUUAAAUGAAGAUAGUUGUGAAGUAAAUGUAACAGAAGAAGAAAUCUUUCGAAAUAUUUUUCAUUAUAUUGAUUUUUUAUUUCGAUUGAUAAAACCAAAAAAAGUCUUUUUUAUGGCUAUUGAUGGUGUUGCACCACGAGCAAAAAUGAAUCAACAACGUGCUAGACGUUUUCGUGCUGGUCAAGAUCGAAUUAGAAAAUUAAAAAAGAUUGCAGAAAAAUCUGGUCAAUCAUUAAAAAGUUUAAUUGAUAAUCAUUUUGAUACAAAUUCGAUUACACCUGGAACACAAUUUAUGGCUAAUCUACAUGAACAAUUAAAAUAUUUUGUACAUGUUAAACUUACAACUGAUCCAUUAUGGGAAGGUGUCGAUGUUCAUCUUUCCGGUCAUUUAACGCCUGGUGAAGGUGAACAUAAAAUUAUGGAUUAUAUUCGAUAUACACGUUUACAACCUGGAUAUGAUGUGAAUACAAAACAUUGUCUCUAUGGUUUAGAUGCAGAUUUGAUUAUGCUUGGCUUAGUCACACAUGAAAUACAUUUUGCAUUAUUACGUGAAGAAGUUAAAUAUGGUUCAAAGAAAGCAUCAAAAAUUCUUACACCUGAAGAAAUUAAUUGGCAUUUAUUUCAUACAUGUUUACUUCGAAAUUAUAUCGAUCUUGAAUUUCGUUCAAUGAAAGAAAAAUUAAAAUUUACAUAUGAUCUUGAAUGUAUUAUUGAUGAUUGGAUACUUAUGGCAUAUUUAGUUGGUAAUGAUUUUAUUCCACAUUUACCACGUGUUCAUAUUAAUGAAGAAGCUUUAUCAAUUCUAUGGGAGACAUAUAAAACAGUUUUACCAACUCUUGAUGGUUAUUUAAAUGAAUUUGGUGAAUUAAAUUUACCUCGUUUUGAAAUUUAUUUAACAGAAUUAGCAAAAUUAGAUCAUCAGAGAUAUGCUGAUGAGAAUGAUACAUUUAAAAAUUUGAAUAAAGCAACUGGACGAAAGACAAAUCCAAUGGAAAAAGAAUCACCACUAGAUCAAGAUGAUGAUAUUGGUGGUGGUUUUAAUUUUGCUGCAUUGGAUCAAUUAAACUCUAAAGAACCACCAUCUACAAUUUCAGGCGAUAAAUAUCCCGUUCAAAAACCUUCUUUCAAUGAACGAAAAUCUCCUGAAUUAAGUUCAGUAUCAGACGAUGAUGAUGAAUCAUCCGAUUCUGAUAGUUCAAGUGAUAAUCAAAAGAAACGAAAAUCAAAAACAAUAAAUGACAAUGAUAUUGAUAAGAUGCCAUUAAUUGAAGCUGAAUUUCGUCAACAUAAAAAUCAUUAUUAUCGUGAAAAAAUGAAAAUAAAUAUAACAUCAACUGAUCAACUGAAAAUUUAUAUUGAACAAUAUAUUGAAGCAUUACAAUGGAUUCUUAAAUAUUAUUAUCAAGGUUGUCCAUCAUGGUCAUGGUUUUAUCCACAUCAUUAUGCACCAUAUUUAUCUGAUUUAAAGAAUUUUAAAGAUUUAAAAAUUAAUCUUCAAAAAGGAACACCAUUCAAACCAUUUGAACAACUUUUAAGUGUUCUUCCACCAACAAGUCGUGAUCUUUUACCAAGUGUAUUACAAUCAUUAAUGGUCGAUCCUAAAAGUCCAUUAUUAGAUUUCUAUCCGGAAUAUUUUGAAUUAGAUCAAAAUGAAAAAAAACAUGAUUGGGAAGCACUUGUUCUUCUUCCAUUUAUUGAUGAACAACUUCUUUUAGAUUCAAUUACAAAAUAUUAUAAUCAACUUGAUUUAAAUGAACAAAAUCGUAAUCAAGAAUUACCAUCAUUAUGUUAUAGAACAACAGAAAAGCUACGAGCAACAGAAAAUUCUUUAGGAAAAAAUCUUCAUUUUCCACCUUUGAAAGAAACUCGAGCAAUAUGCACAGAAAUUCCAGCUGAUCAAUAUCGACCAGAUGGUCUCUAUUUUAAACAUAAUCAUUGUCAAGAAAAAGAUAUGAUUAUUUUUCCGAAAUUUCCAUCUUUAAAUGUUUUACCGUACAAAUAUGCUUAUAAAGCUAGUGCUGUUAGUCUAUUUGAAACACGUUCAAAAGCAACAACACUUAUUUUAAAUUUAAUACCUCAAUCUGAUUCGGAUUGUAUAACAUAUAAUCCUCAAUGGAAUCCAAAAGGUGAAAAUGCCCUUCCACCAUUUCAAAUAACACAUAAAAAACCAUUAAUUGAACGUUAUCUUGGUAAACGUGUUUUUGUUGAUUGGCCUCAUUUUCAAUAUGGAAUUGUUUGUGCUAUUAGUGAUUUUCAAUAUUUCUAUACAUGGACUGAUAUACCGGGUGGAUCCUAUUUUUAUAGUGAACCAGUAAAUAAUGGAGAAAAUCAAGAUUAUAAAAAUUAUGUGCAAACACCUAUUUAUGUAUCUGAAACUCCAUUUGAAGUAUUAACUGAUCAUAAACAACCAGCUCAAUAUAAUUACCGUCCACUCAAUGAAGUUCACAUUCAAAUGGAAUAUACUAAAGCGCUUAAUAUUAAUCGAAAGUAUGAAAAUCAACGAGGUAUUUCAAUUGGACCUAUACCAAUUUUACUUUAUGUAAGUCCAUUAAUUGGUUAUCGAACAAAAUGUUCAUCAACGUCAGAUAAAUGUCGAACAGCAAUGUGUUUCUCAAAUCAAGCUUUAGCUUAUCCAUUACAAACAACACUUUUCACAUUACCAAAUUACAAGAAUGACCUUGAUCGAAUGCCACAAACAAUUUAUGAUCAUUUUAAAAUAAACGAUCAUAUAUUUGCCCUUCGAUCGCCAUAUUAUGCUUCGUCAGGCUAUGUUCAACAAAUAAAUAAAGAUAAUAAUAAUAAAAAACAUACUAUAUCAUGUCAAAUGGAAUCAUCUGAUACAGGAAAUCAACCUGAUAUUCAUACUUUAAUACCGAAAUUACAUGAACAUCAAUUACAAUAUUAUACAGCACAACAAAUAGCUGAUCGUUUAAAAACAUCAUCUUGUGUUGUAUCAAAAGUAACUGGAAAAAUAAAUGUUUUCAGUUCGAAUAAACGACAGCGAAGAGCUAUUCCAACUAAUGUUGGACUUUCAUGGAAAGUAAAUAAACCAGUAAAACAACUUCAUGGUUAUACAAAGAAAAUUGAUCAAGUUUGGUACUAUUCAGAUGCAGCUAUGGCAAUUAUAAAUGAUUACAUGUUAAAAUUUCCAAAUAUUAUUGAAGAAUUAACACAAAAACCAAGAGAUGAUAAUUAUUACGAAGCAAAUAUUUGGCCAGAUAAGAAUCCUAAACAUGAAAUAAUACAACUUCGUACAUGGAUUAAGAGUUUACCAACACAUUCAAUACCAUUGACAGAUGGUGCCUGGGAAAUACUUGAUUUACCUGUUAUUAAUGAAAUAGAAAAAUCAAUUAAAUCAUUUUAUACAAAACGUGCAGAAAAAAAACCAGUUGAGAAAACGAAAGUAUUUAGUUUUGAGCCAGAUCGAUUAUUUAAAGCUAGUGAAUUCUUGGGCAUGUGUGAUCCAGAUAUUGGAACAACUUUUCAAUUAUAUGAUCGUGUUGUUAAUGUUCGUCUUGGUACGGGUGUACCAAUUGGAACACGUGGCACAAUUAUUGGUAUUAUGCAUGGUCAAACGAAUUUAGAUACAUACUAUGAAAUAUUAUUCGAUAAUUUACCAAUAAAUAGUCUUGAAGCUAUAUUACUUGGUAAAAAUCAACAAAAAUGUCGUAUUAAAGUUCAUUCAUAUCAUUUACUUAAUUAUUCUCAUUCACUUCGAGUUCGUUCAAAUAAUUAUCAACAUCAACGUUCUGUACCAAUGGUUAAUACUCGGGAGCAACAAACACCUAUGAAUCGACAAGAACAAUCUUCUCGUGUAUUUCGAAAACAGCCAGAUGAUAAAAAUACAAAACCAACAAAACCAAAAUCAGCUCCAGCAUCAAAUACAUAUGAAAAACCAAAUUUCGCUGAAGCUAAACAAACAACACCGAUUACAAAUAAUUCAUCGUCAUCGCCACCAACGACAAUAGAACAAUCAGUACAAUCUAUGAAUAUAAUAGAAGAUUCGUCAUUAUUUCCAGCACUUGUCGAAAAUUUACCUGAUCAGGAAAUAAUGUCUACACAAAUGAACUUAAAUAUACCUUCAACAGGAGAUCCCUUAUUUUUACGUGCUAUUCAAGAUUCUGAACAACUACAAUAUGCUUCUCAUCAAUCAUCAACAGCUGUUCCACAAAUGGAUUUUCAACAUGUUCCACCAAUGUUUCCUCAACAAACAUCACAUAUUGAUUUAUCACAAUACCAUCAGUCUUCAUUCCCAACUGAUGGUGUCCAAUAUUGGCCACAACAAUCACAAGAUCCAUUCAAUCAACAAUCUUCCAUCUAUACGCAACAAUUAUAUCAACAACCAAUGCCCGAUCCUUUUUUUCAAUCUGUUGAUCAAUCAUUCAAUCCAAUGAUGUAUGAUCCAUCUAAUGGUUUACCACUUUAUUCGCCAUAUAAUUUACCUCCUGAAACUGCAUUUUCUGGUUAUCCUGGUGAACCUAUGGGAGGUUAUUUCCCGUUAAAUAAUGAACAACAUCCAUUUCCAAUGCAAACACAAAAUAUACCUGCAGAAUCGCAUAACACUACAGCAACGUCCCAUAUGCAACCUCAAUCUUCCCCAUUACAAAACCAACAACAAACGACUUCACCUAACGUAACAAAUAGAGCAACUCUUCAAUUUAUUCCAAUUCAGGUUCUACGUAAUAUACCUAAAAAAUCAUAA